AUGGGGUUUCUCUAUGAGAUGAUGGAUUCGGCGAAAGAAAAAAUUGCUGCAAAUUUUUCUAGAAAUGAGAAAAAGUAUGGACCUAUUUGGAGAAAAAUAGAUGACAGAUGGACUCCACAACUUCAUCACCCUUUACAUGCUGCAGGAUAUUAUUUAAAUCCCCAAUUGCGUUACAAAGAGAACUUCUCUGAUUGUGAAGAAGUGAAGAAAGGACUAUUUGAAUGCAUGGAUAGAAUGUGGACAUAUGAGGAGAGGCUAGCUGCAGACAUCCAAUUGGAUUUGUUUGAUAAUGCACGAGGGUAUUUUGGGACUCGAGUGGCUGUUGACUCCAGAAUGUUGAGAAGUCAAGCUAAUUGGUGGAAGCGUUUUGGGACAAAAACCCCAGAAUUGAUGAAUUUUGCUAUUCGUGUUCUUAGCCUGACAUGUAGUGCUAGUGGAUGUGAGAGGGAUUGGAGUACAUUUGAGCAGAUUCAUAUGAAAAAGAGGAAUAGAUUAGAGCACAAGAGAUUGAAUGCUCUAGUUUAUGUCAAGUACAACACUAAACUGAGGGAGAUAGCUACAAGAAGAAGACAAAAUUAUGAUCCAAUAUUGGUGCCAGAAGUCGCUUCAGAUGAUGAAUGGAUCACAGAGAAGGAAGAACCUAUCCUCCCAAAAGAUACUUCUUGGGUUGAUGAUGUCCUAGAUGUUGAUGCUGUUAGAGCUUCGCCCAUGGUACCUCUUGAAGGAGAUGAUGCUCAAGCAACACUAGCUUCUGGCACUCAAGAGAAAGGCAAGGGGCCAACAUUGGAAACAAUUAAGGAAGACAAUGAUGUUGAAGUCAAAACCAUGCCUGAAAGGCGGCUUCACAGGCCGGCACGUGGGAUUGGCCCUGGCAGCCUUCAUCCAGCGCGUGAGGGCACAUGGGACACUGGAUGCGUGAGGGCGCAUGGGACACUGCCUGGAGGUGGGAUUUCAGUGGGGGAGGUCGGCAGUGUCUGUGGGUGA